AUGAUACACCUCGUAUCUCAGGUCAUCAAAAUUAGUGCAUUUACUGCUCGGGGGAAAAAGCAUCUGAUUAAGAAUUGUUUAGCAUUUUCUAUCAUUUCGACUGUUAUCUCACUCCAUCCAAAUGAAUGGAGCAAUUCACCACCACCUUCUAUAGCCGUCCGUAAUGCUGCUGCCUUAGUUGAGAGAUUGCUAGUCGAGUCAGAGCCAAAUUCAAAUUCAAACCAUAUCUACUCAAAAGUGCACUCUCAACCUGUACCAGCUCCAGCAGCGACAAGGAUAUGUCUUCUUACCAGACAGCGACAAGAAUAUGUCUUCUCACCGAACAGCGACAAGGAUAUGUCGUCUCACCGGACAUCGACAAGGAUAUGUCUUCUUACUGAACAGCGACAAGAAUAUGUCUUCUCACCGAACAGCGACAAGGAUAUAUCUUCUCACCGAACAGCGACAAGGAUAUAUCUUCUCACUGAACAGCGACAAGGAUAUGUCUUUUCACCGAACAGCGACAAGGAUAUGUCUUCUGCACCGAACAGCGACAAGGAUAUGUCUUCUCACUGA